CGGGCGACCCCAGACAUGCGCAUGCUCAGUUGGUUACGGAGGUCGCCGGCGCCAGUGUUUUCCCACGUGCGGCGUGAACCGAGGGCAUCAUGUUGUGAGGCGAUGGGGGCUUCUUUGGCUCGCGCGUUCAGGAAUUUCAACCUGGAGAACCGCGCGGAACGGGAAAUUAGCAGGAUGAAGCCUUCUCCCGCUCCCAGGCACCCCUCCACCAAGAGCCUCCUGCAAGAGCAGCUGAGCUUCCAUCCAGAAAUUAAGGGAGAAAUUGCUAGAAAAGAUGACAAAUUGCUGUCAUUACUGAAAGAUGUGUAUGUCGAUUCCAAAGAUCCUGUGUCUUCUGUGCAGGUAAAAGAUGCUGGAACACCUCAGGAGCCAAAGGAAUUCAGACUGCCGAAAGGCCAUCACUUUGACAUGAUGAAUAUUAAGAACAUUCCCAAAGGCAAAAUUUCUGUUGCAGAGGCUUUGACACUUCUCAAUAAUCAUAAACUUUAUCCAGAAACAUGGACUGCUGAGAAAAUAGCAGAAGAAUACUAUCUAGAUCAGAAAGAUGUCAAUUCCCUUCUCAAGUAUUUUAUUACUUUUGAAGUCAAAAUCUUCCCUCCUGAAGACAAGAAAGCAAUCGAAUCAAAAUGAAGAAAAUCUUGAAGUUACUUUUCCUAUACAUACUCCCCAUCCCCAUGCCCUGUUUAUUUUCUUACUUUUAGCAUGUUAAAUUAUAUAAAUUACCGAAUGUUUAAAACUCCCUCCUUGUGAGACCACACUAUUUAUUGAGCUCUGCUGAAUUUUCAGUAUUGCUGAGACUGAAUUUUGUUUUCUUUUAAACUUUAUUUUGGUUUAGGCAUAUGCUCAUAUGUAUAUCAGCAUGACUAAGCACAUGUACAAAUUUAUCAUAAAUAAAAGAAUGUGUUAUUUUAGGCACAUA